AUUGCAUUUCUAACUAAACAUACCUUACAGAUCUUACCAAUGUUUUAAAAAUACUCUAAAAAAAUUAACUAUUACUUUUUUUAAAAGGAAAAAUUAACUAUUACUAAUAUUUCUUAAAACAUUAAUAUUUCCGAAACAUUAAUAUUGCUACUAACCAAUAACCACCAAUAAGAUUGUAUUUCUUCUUGCAGAAGUAGAGAAAAGUUGAAGAAGGAAUCUCCUAAGACUGAAAAAAACCCAAUGGAUUUGAAUUCCUCUCCUUCCAACAACACAAUUGCCGUGAAUGGAACAAUCCCCGUCGCUUCCACGUUCGCAACCGCCACCGCGCCGUCGGAUAACCCUCCGCCGGCGGACAGCUCCGGCGACCGGAAACCCAUCGCCCUGUGGCCGGGGAUGUACCAUUCUCCGGUGACCACCGCCCUAUGGGAAGCUCGCAGCAAUAUUUUCGAGAGGCUUCUGGACCCUCCCAGGGACGCUCCUCCGCAGAGUGAAUUGCUCACGAGAACCCCCUCGCAGAGCAGGACCAGCAUCUUGUACAACUUCUCCUCUGAUUUCGUGCUCAGAGAACAGUAUAGGGAUCCCUGGAAUGAGGUUCGAAUUGGGAAGUUGCUCGAAGAUCUUGAUGCCCUCGCUGGAACUAUUUCCGUCAAGCAUUGUUCUGAUGAAGCUAGCACAACAAGGCCACUUAUAGUUGUCACUGCUUCAGUUGAUAAGAUUGUACUAAAGAAGCCAAUUAGUGUUGACAUUGAUCUCAAGAUAGUUGGUUUUGUUAUAUGGGUUGGGCACUCUUCAAUAGAGAUUCAACUGGAGGUUACUCAGUCCAAUGAAGAGGGCAAUGAUUCAGACUCAGUAGCACUGACAGCCAACUUCAUAUUUGUUGCUCGGGACUCAAAAACUGGGAAAGCUGCUCCGGUGAAUCGACUUUCACCAGAAAAUGCUCAUGAAAAACUUCUGUUUGAACAAGCUGAGGCAAGAAGUAAUUUGAGGAAAACGAAAAGAGGAGGGGAAAAGAGGGACUUUGAGAAUGGGGAGAAAAAUAGGCUUCGGGCCCUAUUGGCUGAAGGAAGAAUCUUCUGUGACAUGCCAGCUUUAGCAGACCGAAACAGCAUUCUUCUAAAGGAUACCAGCCUUGAGAAUGCCUUAAUAUGCCAGCCACAGCAAAGAAACAUCCAUGGUCGAAUAUUUGGAGGUUUCUUGAUGCAUCGUGCAUUUGAAUUGGCUUUCUCAACAGCAUAUGCCUUUGCUGGAUUAGCUCCUUGCUUUCUUGAAGUUGAUCAUGUUGAUUUCUUAAGACCUGUUGAUGUAGGGGACUUUUUGCGUCUCAAAUCUUGUGUUCUGUACACGGAGGUUCACGAUCCAGAUCAGCCACUUAUCAACGUUGAAGUUGUUGCUCAUGUUACACGACCCGAGCUGCGUACUAGUGAGGUAUCAAAUACUUUCCACUUCUCUUUCACUGUCCGUCCAGAAGCCAAGGCGAUGAAAAAUGGAUUUAAACUUCGCAAUGUAGUACCAGCAACGGAGGAAGAAGCACGACGUAUAUUAGAGCGCAUAGAUGCUGACAACUUGAAUGAAUUCUUCAGAGCAUAAGAAGAAAAACAUCAAUUAGCUGAUAAAGUAUUUAAAAUAUCCACCGCUAAUUAUGUGAGCAGAAGUUCAAAGAUGAUUAACUCUCUUAUAUAAUAAAUUUUUCUGCCCAAUUUUAAGAGGGAACUAGUAUGCCUUAUAUGUCUAGCAUCAUUGGACUUGAUAGAAGGCAACUGGUGUUUAGACAAGUAUAUGAACCUGAAUCUAGUAGGCACCUGCUGUGCAAGUUGUAUAAGGAAAAACAUAGGUAAGCCAAUGAAAGAAAGUUUACAAUGAAUUCUGUACAAUCAAUGAUGGCUAUAGUGGAUUGCUACGUCUGUUACUUGUGGCAUAUAAAGCAAGUGAUAUUAUAUUACUAUUACUUAGAAGCCUUGUUCAGAUA